AUGCCCACAGUACCUACUCGAGGUGGCCCCUCGGGAUCGCGGCCCACGUACUCAGGCGGAAAGGUUGUACCUUUCCAGAAGAAAGGUCAAGCUAUCCGUGGCGCUUCUGGUAAGACGGUCCUAGGAGGUCGUCGCCAUCGCAAAAUUCUUCGAGAUUCAAUUCAAGGAGUCACCAAGCCCGCUAUCCGACGCCUAGCGCGCCGUGGAGGUGUCAAGCGUAUUUCAGCUGGAAUCUACGAUGAGGUCCGAGCUGCUCUUAAAUCGCGUCUUGAACAGAUCCUCCAGAUGUGCGUUAUCUACGUCGAAUACCGAAACGCGAAGACGGUGACAGUGCAUGACGUCAUCCACAGCCUUUCGCGUUUUGGUCGACCAAUCUAUGGUUUUGAUCCAGACACAUACGAUGGACAAAACAGACCCAAGGCCUAG